CCUCUCCUUCCUCAAGAUAUCUUGAUAAAACGCAAACAGAGCUUUCUCAGGGCGCUAUUAUCUCUUAGUUAUAUCUUUGGGGUAGGAAGCGCCGGUAAAGAUUAGGUUAAGAUAUCAAAUUCACUUUAUUAAGGUGUCCAAGUUUUUUGAAGAGAGACACUGGCGUGAGAGAUAUGUUUCUUAUAUCAGUAAUAUUCCAACAAUAAGAAUAUUUGAACGUGAAUAAAAGAAUCUCAACACCAUGCCGAUAAACAGUGCGAAACUCGAUGAGGUUCGUAAGAUCCUCCUGUCUUUACUGCUUGCGCGACCUGGCAGCACCUCGGUUGCCGUCCUCGAUCAAGAUUAUUACGAGGUGGAAGGUGAGCGCAUACCAUGGCGGAAGUUUGGCUUUGCCGAUUUGGUGGACUUUCUCAGCAGUAUGCCAGAACAUUUUGUGAUCGAGUGGUAUAAUGGUGGACACCACGUGCGCGGAAUCGCAUCAGAGAAGACUAAACACGUGAGCUCGUUGGUAUCCCGUCAGAAGCUUCCUCCGAAAUCGAAAUACAUUCCGCCUAGGUUUCGUCAGAGUAAUGUCAAUAAUCGAUUUCCCAAUCGCUUGCCACAAAUGCAACGUGCUCGAGUCAGAGUCACAGCCGAGCAGCUAUCGUAUAUUGUAGCCUAUGUCAGGAACAAACCAAAGGGCAUAAGUAUGCGGAAUGUCAUUUUGAUGCUACAGAAGCGAUGGCCACAUAUCACAGUCUCUAUGUAUGACAUGCGGGAACAGCUGCGCGAGUUGUCGCAUUUCUUGUAUCUAGAUUGUGAUAUGAUUUAUCCUAAAUCGUCUGUGAAUGAUGUUUCACGAAACGUGAAAAAUCAUCCACAGUCUUCAACAUCACAGAAUGUACCACGGUCACCAGCCAGGGAAACGGUAUGCGUUGGUGGAGAGGAGGGGUCCGAUUUUUCGGAGGAGCUUGACGAUGAAGGCAUCUUUGUCCCAUCCAAUUAUGUAAGCAAUAAUUAUCCGAAGCAAUCCCAGACUAGUGGGCGAAUCGCCGCGAGUUUUCCCCGAAGUAUGAAUAACGAACAGAAUGCAAUGUUGAAUCACAACGACGACGUCGAUGAUGAUAACUACUUGAAUGAUCUCCCAGAAAUUGCCUCGCUAAUAGACAAUAGAACAAAGUCGCGAUUGGAUCAGUUGAUACGAAAACAUCCAGAGGGUAUUUGGUGUGCUGAUUUGCCUGAACAAUAUUUCAAGGAAUAUAACGUACAUUUAAAUUACAAGGAACUAGGUUUUAUGAGCGUGCGCGAUUACGUAUCUUACUUGACGAACAUUUUCUAUAUGACACAGGAAAAUUUGACCGGUGAUUUCUUAUUGUAUACCGCGGACAAUAGGCCGAUAGUUCCUGACCAAGAUUCGAGAACAGAGUCUACCGAUAAAAGAUCAAGCUCAUGUGAACAAUAUGAUGAACACAAUGGAGUGCGAAGACAAUAUGACAAUGAUGACAAUGCACCGAUCCCAGCGGAUGUUUCUCCUACUAUAACCAAGAUAUUUGCACCUGAGGAUACAAUGAAUUAUAAUGACAGUGUGGACCAAAUAUCAGUGACUGAUUUACAGUCUACUGGAAAUUUUCUGGAGGUAUAUAUUGUAGAAAUAUUUCAUCCAACCUUCUUUUGGAUACAUCUACGGGAAAAUAGGAAAGACUUUGAUAAACUUAUGGGUAAUUUGCACAAUUAUUACCAGCGUAAUAAAGAUAAGUACACCAUUCCAAAGAUAGCUCUUAAAAAAGGUCUAAAUUGUGCCUGUAUAUAUGCAGGUAAAUGGCAUAGAGGAAUUAUUAAAUCUGUAAAGCCAGAUUUCAGAGUGACGAUAAUGUUUUACGAUUAUGGCACUUUGAAAACGUAUGCGUCCGAAGAUGUAUAUUAUUUGCAUAAACAGUUCUGUUAUCUACCCGCGCAAGCGAUACCUUGCGGCUUGUACAAUGUUAGACCAUGUGUUGGUGAUCGUUGGAAAAAGAGUGUAAUAGAUCAAUUAGUUGAUAGAAUUAGUGAAACUCUUUUAGCCUUAACGAUAAUUUCAGUUGAUCCUUCGAACAAUUCUAUGAUGGUCAUUUUGACUGAUACAAGUGAAGAGGAGGAUGUACAUAUAAAUGAUUGGUUAAUCAAUGAGAAAUUAGCACGUUGCGGUAAAAUGGGCGAUGCCGUCGAUAUGGCGAGCAUAAUGAAAUACGUAGUAAACAAUUUGAAUCAAUUACCGACGUAUUGCUUCGCGGAGGAGAGCCUAAUGUCGGAUAGUCGCUGCUGCAAGGCAACAUCCACCGAGGAGCUACACGAGGUACCUUUGGUUUCGUCAAAACAGACUCAUCCGUGCGGCUUUGAGCAACAUACGGUGAGGCCACCGCCAGGCUUUGCGCCUCUCGACAAAAAACCCAGCUUAUCUAGCACGUCAACGAUAAGUUCCAGCGAUACAUAUUCCUUCGGGAACACGCCAAAUGUAAGGACACCAAGUUACGGUAACGAAGCUACGAAUCCAUUUCUCAACGAUCAACAAUUGCACGACAAUGUCAUUUCUAAUGACGCAGCGAAGCAGAUAUUUACUCCGAUCUGGAGCGAGAACAUGCAGCUGUUUAUCAAGCUGACUGAGAUUUUGUACGAUUUAUUAGGACGCUCGCCGCUCAAUAGAAGCAUUUUUGAAAAUCACAUGUCGAUCCAGCAUCACUUGAAUAAAUUUCUCAGAAACUUCGAAGAGACCCUGGCACCGGACAGCGAUAGGUCUACGAUCGGCACGUCAUCAGCGUCGCUCAAGAAAGAAACGUCGAGUAAGGUCGACUCGGUGGAAAAGAUGCCGGUCAACUCGAACGCCGAGAGUUUCGUGAAUCAGAAUCUUGCGGGCAUGAGUAACUUAUCCCUGAAUCCGUUCGACGAUGACAAACUAUCGCAGACUCACAAUAUGUUUUCCGCUUACGGCUCAAACGGUUAUACCUUUGGCUGGCACCAAUCUGACAGAUUCAGCCCGCAUAUCCAAGUGACUCCAAUUUCCCCUUCUCCAGCGACUCCGACUCCCAUGUUCGCCAAUUAUGGACCAGCGGCCAAUGUUUUUCUCCCGAACCCCGAUCAGGGCAAUGAAAAUCCUUCUGCAACGAAGCCGAUAUCCUCGACGGUGCCAAACGCUGAUAUCUGCAAUAACAAUCAUAAUUCUUCGGCUUUCAACUUUUCCGCAAAUAACGAAUUCGCCAAAGUGAUCAAAGAGACGAAUCCCUUCAAGUUUUCCAUGAUUAAUAAUAUGCAGAUGCCGGAGAAGCAGAAUGAAUGGAUGGCGAACAAUUGUGAUACCAAUGCUACAUCCUAUCAAUCAGUUAAAAAUUUAAACGAUCAGUCUUCAAAAAUGGAAACUGUAAAUGUCAAUGCGGGAAGUAAGGGGUUUCCUACGACUGCAGACCACGUCAAUGUCAAUGGCGUUGAUUACACUCCUAAAAUCGUUUACGAGGCUGGCCCGGUGAUGUAUAAUGUACAGAAAAAGGAAGCUGACGUGAAACGCAAUAGCGAUUUUAAAAAUGAUGCUAACGUACCUUCCAGAGAACAUUGUAAUAAGGAAUUGUCCUCGCAGUCUGUGAAUGAUGGCUUGUACUUGAAACAUGAUAGCUAUCAUAUCGACGAGGCUUACGUGAGUCGAUUACCAACCGAUUAUACGUCGCAAAACUCACCUCCGAUCAUAAACGAGUCGAUUUAUCAUCAGCAAAAUAAGGUGAAUGAACGAGUCCUUUCCUCUCAAGCGUGGAAAAAAGUCGAGAUUCCUGAACGUUGGAUGAACUCGCAUUUUCCAAACGAUACUUCCUUACAGAAUCAUAGUGAGAAUUCUACGAUUAACACAUCGAUUAAUUCUUCACUUUCUAAAGACUCGAAUAAUACCAAAGAAUCUGAAAAUCGAGGGAUGAAUGGAACAGCUGAUUUAAAUUACAUUUUUCAAUGGAACGAUAAAGAAACGUCGAUGGAUAUGUAUAAGAAUUUUUGGAAUAAUCCAUCUUACAAGAAUCAAAAGUUCGAAUAUAAAAAUGGGAGUGACUAUUUUUUCGACACAUCUUUUGUGUUUCAGAAAAUUGAUUCAGUUAAAAACGCGACACUUAUAUUUCACUCCGAAGGAGAAGGUUGGAUAUUGACACAAGAAUUUGUACAAAUUUUUACACAUUUUAAAACGUGCUCUUAUAUGAUAUCUAUGUUAGAAACGAUGCAUAUAAAAGCUACAUUCAAACAAGUUCAAAGAUCCGACUAUCCAGUACAAUUUUUGCAACUCGAUCAUUAUCCUUUACAUGCUAUACGAGAUUCCAAUAUGCGAAUUGAGUCCAUUCAUUUAAUCUCGUUGCAAAGCGCGUUGUCAUUAUUACAUAAGUUGAAAAUAGUUACUCGCGAGGAAAUAGAUAAUGCCUUUAAGAAAAACGAGUUUGUAAGAGGUUCCGUUUUGCCCGAUAUGUGGAUGAUAAUCGUCAUUUAUCGCGACUUAAAACGACGGAUCGAACAAUGCAACUUGUUGAUAUAAGUACUUAAGACUUUCAAUAUAAAUAGCUUUGUAUAGCUUUUGCUCAUUAGAAUUAUAUCUUUAUUGUUAAAUUUACACCUGUGACUGAUAAAAGUUCCUCUUUGUAUAAAUAUAUAAU